AUGUUAUCAAGGAGAAGAUUUGAGUUACCUGAAUUUACACUUCCAAUUAGUAACUUUAUUCUUUCAGAUGUUCCAUUGCCAUUUUCUUUAUUUAUAAUCACCUUAUUAUCACUGUGCUUUGCUAAUAGUUAUAAUGGUGACUUUGUAUUUGAUGAUUCCGAAGCCAUUGUUAACAAUGAGGAUGUACAAACAACUCCUCUCAACGAUAUAUUUAAAAAUGAUUUUUGGGGUACUAAAUUAACUAACAUUCAAAGUCACAAAUCAUAUAGACCACUAACAACAUUAACUUUUAGAUUGCAUUUUUGGUUCCGUAAGGAGUUGAUUGCUCAAGAUUAUCAUCUGGUAAACAUUGUCUUACAUACAGGUGUUUGUGUCCUGUUAUUCCCUGUGUUUAAUAUAUUAUUAGGCUCAAAGGAAAAGAAAACAGCAUUUUAUGCCAGUUCAUUGUUUGCUGUUCAUCCAAUACAUGCAGAGGCUGUGUCAGGCAUUGUAGGUAGAGCUGAAUUGUUGUGUGCUCUGUUUAUGUGGCUCUCUAUUCUGCUAUAUCAUUAUUCAGUUCAUGCAAAGAGACUAUUGCACAGAUUCUGCAGCAUGUGUGGUUGCAUUACAUCCAUUGCAAUUGCAAUGCUAUGCAAGGAGACAGGAAUCACAGCAAUUGGGAUUUGCAGUGUAUAUGAUCUUGUAACAGUUCAUAAAGUAUUCCCAUCUGAUGUUAUCACAACUAUAAAGACAAAAUCCUCUUAUACUGAAGUAAAGAACUUCAUCAAGCAGAAACAGAAACUUUUAAUCAGACUUUUUAUAUUGUUUGCAUCUGGUCUCAUACUUAUAAUUUCAAGGUUCAGUGUUAUGGGAUUUAAACCACCAAGUUUUCAGUCUGUGGACAACCCAGCAUCAUUCAUGGAUAAUAUAUUCUUAAGAAUACUGAAUUACAGUUAUAUUUAUUGCUUAAACGUAUGGCUACUGAUAUGUCCUGAAUGGUUGUGCUUUGACUGGUCUAUGGGUUGUGUACCUUUGAUCACAACUUGUGACGAGAGAAUAAUUUUUGUAAUUAUUUUCUGGCUGAUACUUAAUACGAUGAUUGUGCACAUUUUCAGACCCCAUAAAGAUAAAUGUCUAAGAUACUCAAUUAUAGGAUUGACAAUGCUGGUAGUUCCAUUCCUACCAGCUAGCAACAUCUUCUUCAAUGUUGGUUUUGUCCUAGCAGAAAGAACUUUAUACAUUCCCUCUGCUGGUUAUUGCCUUCUGCUUGUUAUAGGAUUACAAAAGAUUUGUAAUCGCGUUUCUGCGCAGUACAUCCUAUUAGCGUAUAUGAUUCUCGUUUCACUAUUUUUGGCAAGAACUUGGAUAAGAAGCGAACAAUGGAAAACUGAAACCUCGCUUUUCAGAUCAGCGUUGCAUGUUUGCCCCUUGAAUGCAAAAGUUCAUUAUAACAUUGCUAAGAAUGCUGCUGACGCUGGGAACUCUACAUUAGCGCUCCACGAAUACGAAGAAGCUCUAAGAUUGAAUCCCCAGUAUGCUCAAGCCAUGAAUAAUCUUGGUAACUUACUCAAGGAUCAAGGAAUGUACUUAGAAGCAGAGAGUUUGUUUAAGCAGGCUAUACAACUGCAGGAUGACUUUGCUACAGCAUGGAUGAAUUUAGGCAUUGUUCUGUCGGCCCUAAAGAAGUAUGAAGAAUCUGAAAAAAGCUAUUUGACAGCACUGUCUUAUAGAUCCAAGUAUCCCGAUUGCUUUUAUAAUUUAGGUGUCCUGUAUCUAGAACAGAAAAAUUAUGACAAAGCUUUAAAGGCUUGGGAAUCUGCUACUACACAGAAGAAGAGCCACAGAAGAGCAUGGACAAACAUGAUAUUACUUCUUGAUGAUCUAGGUAUGCGCGAUGAUGCACUUAAAAUUGCGUACCAAGCCUUACAAUUUCUCCCAGACGAUGCUUCAAUUCACUUUAAUAUUGCAAACAUAUUGGGCAAAUCUGGGAAUUUCGUAGAAGCGGAGGUGCAGUUUAAAAAUGCAAUAUCGAGAAAUCCUACGGAUUCUAUGUUUUAUACGAAUUUGGGUGUAUUAUACCACCGAUGGAAUAAACUCGACGAAGCGGAGCACAUGUACAAGAAAGCACUAGAAAUUAAACCAGAACUUAAUAGUGCCAGGGACAACUUGAGGAAAUUAUAUAGUUUAAAAUCAUCAAUAAAAUAA